UUACCAGUACCGUUCGGUACGACACAGCAUGUUACGAGUAGGGGUACGAGACCCAUCAGCAUCGACACAACCUUCGGAACAUCAGCUCGAACUGUUGUUGUGAAGAUACKCCAAAUUAGUUUCAAAGAAAAUCAUCUACAAUGGGAGGUGGCGGAUGGUUUUACGUCCCCAAGGUAAGCUCGGUUUGAUCACCUKGAGGUUGGCAUCCGCAACGGGCUCUAAGCACUGCGAACGCGGAAGAACCAUGGGGUGUUUCGUCGGCUCGUGCUGUCGACGAAAUCCCCCAUCCAAAAGGAACCACGCCAUGCGCACCACCCACGAGCUGUAUGUUUUGCUAACGUCUUGUCCGUGUCUGCAAACAAACACUCACCAAUCGCGAUUGGUGUUCCGCACCCUCCCCCCCAAACACACAACACACACUAUCACAACACCGCCACGCCCGGUGCCUUCCAGGUCUGGACGCCUUACGGAGGAUGGUGGGUGAACCCYCCGCAGUGGAAGCGCAACACCGCCAUGGGAGGAUUGGCGAUUGCCACGAUCAUGACGUGCCUCUUCAAGGUGUCCGCCUCGAGAGAACGACGACCGAUCGCCCCGUACAAGAAGAUUCCUUCCCAGAGCUGGUGCAAGUUUGCCAAGGAAGACGAUCCGCGACUCCGAUAGAUCCAUGCGUGCGCACUKCGUGCUGGUAGGGAUGCGGAAGGCAACCAGACGCAUCCAAACCAAACGSGAACCAUCGAUCGUGGAAUUCAAAGCGAUGCGAUGCAGACAURAAAAUCAAUAGUUGCUUCUCGUCGCAACCCGCUUCGGGUUCUCCUACAAAAUGGUGGCAGGAACGGUUGAUACGAUUUAGAGAUAAUUGGUAUUGCUGGUGUCUACAAUAAUUUGCAGUAAUGUAAUAGCUAUCCAUCAUUAGGAACAACCAUUGUUUAGAGAACUGAAACAUACAAAGUAGUGGGACGGAAACACAUGCGCAACAAAAAAAUAGAAGCACAACAAAGAU